GAUGAAUCAGCCUGAUUGUCGAGAUCACGGGAUGCGCUCCGAACAGCAGCUGUGGUGUAAAGCUAGUCCGGCUUUGGCAUGCGAAGGCGCCAGGUUCAUCAAAAGAACCGCCGACAUAUAUCAUGACAAUCUCUCCAAGUUCCUUUCUAGCAUCCAACCCCAGCCUUGUCUUCCGCCAACCUCCGUAGUGAAGGCUCGGUACUUCUCUCGCCCUCACUCUCAACCUCUUCAACCACUCAGCAACUACCGAGCCAACAAUGCCCCAAUAGUUGCCUACAGAGCGAUGCCACCGAUGUCACCGAUGUGCUACUCCCAAUACUGCCUAGAUCAACCCCAGAUUAACAAAGAUGAACGGAUUCGAGCCUGAUGCUGCGUAUGAAAUGAUAGGUCAAGGAUGGGACUACCUCAGAUCGACGGUGUAUAAAGAGGCGUGGAGGUCCUCAGGGAACUUCUCAGCACCGAAUUCGAACUGGCCGUUUCCGGCAUCUCUCCCAAGUCUCUUCCACAAGAUGAAGGCUCAAUCCCUUCUUUUGCUGUCCUUGUCAGCUCUUCUCGGCAAUGCGCAGGAGGCGUGCGAUGCAACCUGUCAGGCUACUUACACUCAGCUUCUAGCUGUGGAGGCCUCCAGUUGGGUUUCGAAGAAUGUAACUUUUGAGACAUUCUACAGUACUCCCGCCAACGUUACAGGAGCGAAACCUGGCGAUCUCUUGCGAUGGGAAGACUUGUCCCAAAGCGUCGUCAACACAAACUUCACGGCACCUGCUGGAAUGUCGAUCUCCAGGUUUCUCUACAUGACCGAAGACAUCGAUCGAAAGCCAAUUCCCGCGAGUGCCUUCGUUCUGCUCCCUUAUAAUAAGCCUCACGAUGACAAGCCCUUCAAUACUACAGUCUGGACCCAUGGUACGGCCGGCCGGAUUCGUAACUGUGCACCAUCGAACCACAAGGACUUGUACUACGAGUGGCAGGGCCCAUUCGCUUUGGCAGCAGCUGGAUAUGCAGUUGUUGCUCCUGACUAUGCUGGUCAAGGAUCAGACAUCCCGCAGGGCUUCAUGUAUGAGGCUGGCUACCUUCACGCUGCAGACGUCGCGUAUGGCCUGAUCGCUGCUCGGAAGGUGCUCGGCAACCUCUUGUCGGAGGAAUGGGUUGUCGUAGGGCACAGCGAAGGCGGAAUGACUGCCUGGCGCACGAAUGAGCGAUUAGCCAUGCCUGGUCAGGAGGAGCUACUCAAGGCAGGCAAAUUUCUCGGAGCCGUUGCGAAUUCGCCAGCUCUGCGCCCGUUGGACCUGAUCCCAGAGUCCAUCAGACGUGCUGCUGGCGGACCCAUCGGCGACGCUGUCUCGGUCUUCUUCCUGCAGUCGCUUGCACUCCUGUUCCCCGGCCAGAUCAAAGUGGAGGACUACGUCACCGAUACGGUCCUCGGCCGCAUCCCUCUCGUGGAUCAAGGUUGUUUGCUCAUUGGACGUACCUUAUUCUCGAACCUUACCAGUGAUGAGCUGUUCAAGGACCUCAGCUGGCUCGAGAACCCAGUCGUAGUGGACUGGCAGAAGCGCUACAACGGCGCUGGCCCGCAUGCUUUGGCAGCACCCAUGCUGGUCGUCGCAGGCAUCGAUGAUCCACUCACCUAUGCCAACAAUACAGAAUGGGACUUCAACCAAACAUGCAAUUCGUAUCCCAAUUCGAAGGCUACCCUGAGACUGUAUCCUGGUACCGACCACAACGUGGCCGCUGCGGUAUCGCAACAAGACUUCUUGAGAUGGAUCAAGGCCAGGUUCGAUGGGGCUGAGGUUCCAGUUGGCUGUGCAAUCCAGACUGCGACAACUGCGACGACUCGAUACAGGAACGUGGGCACUUUCUACACCGGCUCUGGCGGUGGCUAAAAGGAUCUUGGGUCAUUGCGAUAUGCGUCUUUGCUUGCAGCUCGACCGUUGCAUAGUCCCUCCUACGCGAACUGCCGGUCUAAGCAUGGAAAGAAACAUACCCGCCCAAGUCUUAAGGGAGUUGGUUGUGUAUCACUGGUCGUGUAUUAAUAAAUCAUAGUGAAAUCUAGUUAAAUUAUUUUCUAAA